GAGAAAACUCUCUGGAGACAAAAUGUUUUAGAAGGAUUUGCUUGUGGAUUUAGGAAAACAAAAUCUGACAGCUAGUAUACUCCAUUUGGCCAUCUGGAUAUACAGAUUUACAGAUAUCCAUAUCUUCUGGAAAAAAAUUUUUAUUUUCUUCUGCGACUUUUAUGGGUUGAUGCCUGAAAAGGAUCUUUGUAUACGGAAUGUAGGAAUGGAGGUAUUAAACAGCGUGGGCAGCACAGGCAGUUGUGACAGCAUGGAAAGCAUCUCUUCCAAUCAUUCUGCUUUGAGUGGGGACAACUAUGAUCAUCUUUCUGCCGAGGAACGAGAAUGUUUGAUGUUUCUUGAGGAAACUAUAGAUUCCCUAGAAAAUGAAGCAGACAGUGGACUGUCCAAUGAUGAAUCCGAAAACACAGAGAAUAUUCCCAGCCUACUGCAACCAGAACCCAUUGGUAUUAGACCUGAUUAUGAGAAAACCAAAAGUGUUAACCAUCCCAGAACUGAAAAUAUUGCAAAUGAACAAGAUACAGUAAAUUUUAAUAAACCUGCUUUGCCAAAGCAGGGGUACCACAGCUUUCCAAGAAUCAUUCAGGUGCCAAAAGAGGAAACCACGAAGCAUUCAACUGAGGAAACACUAAACUCAAGAAUACACCCAGGCAAUGCACUGGAUAUUAAACACAAAAGUUUGUCAUCUUUAAACUAUACUGAAAUAGUAGAGUUGCCUUUACAAGACCUUCAUCUUUUGCCACCCCCAGAGCCUUUUCGUGAUCUCCAAAAUGUGGAGAAAGAACACUAUGUAAGCAUUCCCGCUGAACCACUUGAGGUCCAGCUCGAAAAGAGUUCGAUAGCAUCUGCACAACCUGUUGAACAGCCAGAAGCUGCUCACUCUGGUCAUAGUAAUGUAAAAGGGACAACAUCUCUUAUUUUUCCACGGCCCAUAUUGCAGAAAACAGUGGUAACUGGAUUAGAAGAAUCUCCCAAUCCCCUUGUGGAAAAAGGGGAUGGUAAUGUUAAACAGGGGCCUCCAACUGCACCCAAGCCACGCAAAUUGCCCCCACACAUUAUUAUAAAGCCAAGCAGUGGAGUCAUUGCCACAAACCUUGAUCCUCAGCAAAGGCCAAGAGCUUUUUCUGCACAUGAAAGGAACACUGACAAGUCUAUUGAAUCUAUAAAUACUAAACUUUCUCAUUCUAAAGAGCAGGAGAGGGCAAGAAGAGAGGCUCUGCAGAAGUUGGGUCUGAUGCAGGAGAAAAAUGAAGCACAGAGAACUACUUCAGUUAAACCUCCUACAGUCUUUAGGGCUGCAGAAAUCUCAAUAUCCCAGAGUAUUGUAGGGCCUGGCCAUAAGGAUUCUUAUGGAAAUCGUAUAAGCAUAAAUCAACAAGAAAAGGCAGAUGUUCUAGGGACCAGUCCUACACAACAUUGUUUCCAAGGUUCUCCAAAAUCAGUUGAUAUUGGUCCUAGAAAUGAAGCUUUGAUAAACAAACCGAAGUCAAGGUUUAUAGAGAAUCCAUAUGAACCUCAGAGUGGGACUGGCACUCUGAAACAAGCUGAGUCUUGUAAACAUGAAAGCACAAGCUCUGGAGUAAAAAUUGAUAUUCACAGAAACCGAUUAAGUUUGAAGGGAAGCUCUUUGGAGAAGUCUGAUGAAACGUUGACCAGAAUCUUUCAACCUUCUAAGGAGGCUCAUUCUAUUAAAACUGAUAAUCUUCGAAACCCUCCACCUGUAAGCUUACACACCAAAGAUAAGGGGGGAGAGGUACUGGCUCAAUUAGUGACUGAUAAUUCAGCCAGUAAUGCGAAAAAUGAUGAAAUUAGAAGCCUGAAAAUAAAUGCCCACGAGAAAGACCUUUCUGGUCCAGCAUCAUACCAUGUUUCUGCUAGAGGAAUUGAACAUGUAACUGAGAAGAAACAGCAAAACAUAACUAAAGUAGGCUCAUUGGAGAAUGUGAACACUAGUCCUGGCAAAAGCAUUAAUUUCCCAAGACCCAUAGAUACUGCAGUUCCUCAGAGUGUUUCAGAAGUUGUGCUUAGGGAGGGGAAGGGCAAGACUGUUGUAGACAGCAGCCAAAGACACAGUACACACUUUGAUCAUUCUGAUGAACCAUUUUUACGUCUUCCUCAAAGUACAGUACCUGGCCUAAGGCAAAUUAACAUCAAGUCUAACACUUUGGAACGGUCUGGAAUAGGUAUAAGUAGUUCAUUGCCCAGUUCUGAUAACCAGAGUCAAAAGGGAGGCAACUCUUUCUUCAAGAAACCAAUGUUUUCAGCAAAUUUCCUCAGAAAUAACCGACCACGACCAGCUUCCUUAGGCACAGGCAAAGAUUUUGCUAGUUUGGAAGAGCAAACUACUGAUGCAGAGAAAGGUGAUAGUCGACGCUUACUCUUCUUUAGGAACUCUAGAACCCCUGCUCCUGUCACCAGUGUAAAGAUUACUCCUAAGGGAUCCAAUGAUGAGCACCGCAGGGAAGCACUAAUGAAGCUUGGUAUUCUUAAGGAAUAAGUUAUUGACAAUAUGUCUUGCUUUAGUAAGACAUAAGAGCUUAGAUUUUUAGGUGUUACUAGCACUUGUUCAGUUUUGUAUGUGUAAGGGGGGUAUUUUUGUUUGUUUAGUUUUUCCUUUUUUUCCAGCAAAUUUUUUUUUCUUGUAUCUACUUUGUAAAUCACCUACCCCACACAAAUUUUGACUACUAAAAUUCUGGGGUAAGGAAAGUUUGGCAUAAAAUGCAACCUAAAUGGUAGUUGGGAAACAUUAACCAAUACAUUGGAAUGAUCCCAGUAUAUCCCAGUAUGUAACGAAUGUUACUCUGUUUCUGAUACAUUUUUUUUAACUAAAUAAAACAGAUUAGGACAAUCUUACCUAGAAAUAAUUGCAAUGUUUGUGUAUUUUAUUUACAAUGGUCUUCAUUUCUUUUCUCCUUGAAUAGCUUGUUGUAGUCUGUGCAGCAUUACUUCCCAAUGCAAGCAGAAGUGUCACUGACCAACAGAAGUGUGCUGUUCAUAAUGGAGUAUUAUAAUAGGGAAGGAGGAUGUAUUUUCAAGACACAUCAAGUCUCCUUUCAUUAGUCUGCAUUACCUAAUACCAAUUUUUAAUGUGACUUUCUUUGGAGAUAUUCAGCAUAAAAAUUAGCAUGGAGAAAUUAUGCUAUUUAAUAAAAUAACAUAAUUGCAGUUUUUUAAUUAACUUUUUCAUCUACAGUUAUUUUUUGAAUGAAACGUUUGAUUUGUUGAUGGGUUCACUUUAUUUCUAUCACCAUGCACCUGUUUAAAUAAAAAACUGGAAGUCAAAUAGCAAGACUACCUAAAUAAGUGGUAAUAACACAUAAUAGUAAAAAAAUUAAUUACUUUUUGACUGCUGAGCAUCACUAAUCCUCUCAACCAUUUUGCAUUUUAAAGAUCCAGAUUUUGAACAAAAAUUCACACAAAAAAUGUUAGGGUGAAAAAGGACAGAAAUGGACUUUGUGACCAAACUGAAGCAAAGUUUGCUUAUUAGCAAAAAAGCAGUGUGAAAAAGUUCAGUUUUUUCAAGAAUACUGUUUAUUACAUUUCCGUUUUGUCUAAUAUAAAUAUUUCUAUUAAACAGUGUGCAUCUAAUCACUGCCAAUACAUAGUCCAUUUUUUGUUUUUAGCUGCAGCCUCCUUCAUGGCUUUCACAUGUUUGCCAUCAGGCAGUCUGAUAGACUGGACUAAUGUUUGUCAUCAGAUUCUUUACCAGACACUGGAGAAAUGGGUGACAGGCACAGUGUUUUAUAUACUUAAUUUUAAAGAAAUAUUGAUAAAGAGCUUUAGGUAUUCCUUCAGAAACAUCCAUUUUGGAGAAUAUGUGUGAAAAUAAAUGUCGUCUUUUCAUGGUUCUCCUUUUAAGUUUAAUAAGAAACCAGGUAGAUGCUAAAAUAUUUAAAUCUGCUUCUACUAAGACCUGCAAAUUACAGUAAUUAUAUAACAGGAUAUAACGUAUGUGCCUAAUUGCAAAUUUGCUUUUUCUUACUCAAGUUCAAAUAUGCAAAAGACAUUGACUGUUUUUGCUACCAGUAAAAUUCUGUUCUUAAUUUGUUUCGCUAUCCAUACAUUGCUGUAAAUAUUAAUUCCAUUGUCAAUGUCUACCAAUGUAUUUAAAUACUUGCUGAUUUUUUUAUUUUUCCUUCUGUGUGGCUUGUCUAAUGUGAAUGAUUCUCUAUGGCAAUAUAAUAUUUAUAUUAAAGUUAUGAAACUGA